AUGUCUGACACCGAGAAAGCAGAGCCUGUGAAUUCAGUUGAUCCCUCUGAGGCGGAAGAUGAUAGGACAGCGGAUGCCGAAGGUCCCUUAUCGAAUGACGAGGAGCAAGAGCCAAAAGAGGCCGCAGAUGAGUCUGAAGAUCAUGAGGAUGUAUCUGUGGAUCAGAAUGGGUCUGGGGAUGUGAAUGUGAAUGAAGAGAAUGAGAAUGAGCCGGAACAGGACAAGGAACAGCAAGAAGCAAACGAGGAAGAGGUAAGUAACGAUGCGGAUGAAUCUGAGGAAGAAGAAGAACAGGAAGAGGAAGAAAAUGACGAUGACGAUGAAGAGCAGAGCUCCCAAGAUGAGGAUAAAGAGGAAGCCGAUCAAAACGCUCAGGCUCAAUCAGAGGAUUCAGAAAACUCAUCUACUUCUGAAGAGCUGAAGACUACAUCCUCGGAUCCAUCGUCAAAGGAUGAGAAUGUACAACAUGACCUUUUGCAAAGGCAAGCUCAAUAUAUCAUGGACAGUAACAUGUUGAAUGUUCCAGAAUUUCAAGAGGCCACAUCUGAGAACAAAAUUACUGCACUUGUCAAUAUGCUAAAUUCUAAUCCAGAGACCGCUAUGCCUAUGCCUGUUGAGGUUCAAGCUCAUGGCCAGCCACAGGCUGCGCCACAGCAAGCUUACGAAAAUCCAUCUAGUGGAUCGUCAAGACCUGACUUAGACGGACCAAUGAGUCCUAUUGAACGUGAACGUUAUGCGCAAUACUUGCAUGGCGAAAAUAAGAUCACUGAAAUGCACGAUAUCCCUCCAAAAUCAAGACUUUUUAUCGGAAAUUUACCUUUAAAGAACGUUUCCAAAGAAGACUUGUUUAGAAUUUUCUCACCUUACGGCCACAUUUUGCAAAUCAAUAUCAAGAACGCGUUUGGUUUCAUACAAUAUAACAAUCCUCAAAGCGUUAGAAACGCAAUUCAAAGUGAAUCACAGGAACAAAAUUUUGGCAAGAAGCUGAUUUUGGAAAUCUCUAGUUCCAAUGCUAGGCCACAGUAUGAUCAUGGUGAUCAUGGUACAAAUAGCAGUUCUACAUUCAUCUCAUCUUCUAAACGUCCUUUCCAGCACGAAGAGAAUGAUGCUGCAGACAUGUACAACGAUAAUCAAGGUUACAAGAAAUCUAAGAGACGAGUACCAGCCUGUGUCAUCUAUGUUAAGAGAACUGCUGAUAGGAACUACGCUAACGAAGUUUUUAACCAUUUCAGACGUGGCACUGAACUGGACACAGAUAUGAUUUUCUUGAAGCCACGCAUGGAGCUAAGAAGGAUGAUUAACGAAGUGGCCCAUGACGGAGCUUGGGGUGUUAUAUUAGUCAACAAGACACGCAACGUUGAUAUCCAGACCUUUUAUAAGGGGCCACAAGGCGAGACGAAAUUUGACGAGUAUGUGAGUAUUUCAGCAGAUGAUGCAGUGGCAAUUUUCAAUAAUUUGAAACCUUCCAGGGGAUCUGCAGGUGCAAUGCCAAUAGGAGCAGCUAAUCCGUAUGCGCAACCCCCAGCAGCCAUGCCGCAACAGGCACCAUCUCAGGGCUACUACGGUGGCUAUGGUAUGCCUCCCAUGCAACAGCAGGCUCCACCUCCACCCCAACAACCAUUUGUGCAACAGGGCUAUGGUAUGCCAAUGUCCAAUCAAGGGUAUGCUGCUCCUCCACCCGCCCCAAUGGCGCAACCUUAUGGUCGUUACCAGGGUUCUACACCUACAAUGGAACCAGCACUAAACCAACCUCAACUGUCUUCUUUGCUUGGAGGUAACGGCGGCGGUCAAAUGAACCAACAACAACUCUUAGCUGCUAUUCAGAACUUGCCUCCAAAUGUUGUUUCUAAUUUGUUAUCCAUGGCACAACAACAGCAACAGCAACAGCAGCCGCAAACUCAACAGCAAUUACUAGGUCUCCUGCAGUCUAUGCAAGGUCAACAGCCUCCACAGCAGCAGCAGCCUGCUGUCUACCCACCAAUGGGUCAGCCUGGGCCAUCUAUGAAUGAUAACUACGGGCAGCACUCGUCGAUGGGCUCUGUACCGGCUCAGCACCAGCACGCUUCACCACCUCCACCACUCCCUCAGCAGCAGCAGCAGCAGCAACGACAACAAACAUCACCAGGUAACAAUGUUCAAAGUCUUCUGGACAGUCUGGCUAAACUACAGAAAUGA